AUGACCAUCUCAACCACCACCACCACCACCUAUCACCCAGUCGGACCCCUCGUCCGCGACCUCCGGGACUACAUCCACCGGCACCCGGACCGCACGACCGCCUUCCACACGGCGAUCAACACCGCGCUGUACCCGCACAACGGGGGCGCGCACGAGAUGGCGCGCGAGGGCAUCCGGUUACUGGACGACUUCCUCUGUUUCGCCGAUGCACUGCUGCGGUGGCUGCUCAACAAGAUCGUCGUCUUCUACUGGGUGCUCGACCAGCCCGCGCUGCGCGGGUGGCAGACGCCCUUCCAGCCCGCCGCCGCCGCCGCCGACCUCACCUGGCUCAGCUACUGGCUCGAUAUUGAUGCCGCACGGCCGGUGGCGGCGCCUGAUGAGGGGGCGGUUGUGGUGUGCGCGGCGGAUGCGGUGGUGCAGGGGUGGUCCGCCCUGACUCGGGCGGGGGAGGUGCUGGUGCCUUCGGCGAUCAUGGCAACGGUCAACUGUAAGUUGGUGGUUUGGCCGAUCGAUCGGCUGUUGCAGGGGGUGCCCAGGGCGAGGGCGAGGGAGGUGUUCCGCGGCGGCAGCCUUGUGCAUGCGUGUCUCGGGCCGGCGGAUUAUCAUCGGCAGCAUGCCCCCGUCGCGGGGCGGAUUGUUCAGACCAGAAAUAUCCAGGAUCAGGUGUAUUUGCGGAUCGCGAAGAAGAAGGAAGGGCGAGGCCUGCGGCCGGAUCGCGGGCUGCGGAGGGAUGCGAAGGAGGAGGUCCGGCGCGACAGGAUGCCGUGUAAGGACCCGCGGAUUCUGGAUGCCCCGGAUAAUGCGGGCUGUCAAUGGUGUCAGACGCGUGGGGUGAUUGUCAUUCAGACGGAAGAGUUUGGUCGGGUGGCGGUUGUGCUGAUCGGGAUGGCGCAGAUCUCAUCGGUGGUGAUGACGGUGCAUGAGGGCCAGUGGGUGAGGAAAGGAGAUGAGAUCUCGUAUUUCCAGUUCGGGGGUUCGGACGUGGUCAUGGUCUUUGAGGACCCCGUUCGCUUCAGGGAGGAUUUGCUGCCGGGGGUUUCUCGUCUCAACGUUCGAGAGGAGUUGGCGAUCUUCAAAUGA